AUGAAUGCCACGCUCUGGCUCGUCUCCGGGCAGUGCCGGAGCCAGCCCAAGGCAGGACACCGAGAACUGUUCCGAGCCGCCUCCAGGCGCUCACCGCUGCACCCCGGGCGAGGAGGCCCCAACCUCGGCGCGAGGAGGCCCCAACCUCGGCACAAGGACGCCCCCGUCCGCCCAGGCCGUAACACGGUGAACGCCGGUUUCCGCCGCCGCGCUGCGUCCAUCGUUCUGCUCUCCGCUUCUCCCCGCUGCCCUAGCAUGUCGCAGACGAUUUCUUGGUCCCCCCCGCGGCUUUUCUCCGGACACACCUGUUUCAGGGUGGGGGCAGGUGGACAGCGCGGCGCGUGCACCAUUCCCCCGAUCCAUCUCCCCCGACUCUCCGGCUUCGGGGGUGCAGCCGUGCAGUCCCUUUCCUCUCCCCCGUUCCCGCUGACCGCCCGGCCCCCUCUCUUCCCGCAGCACCCCCAGCAGCCAGGCGGAGACAGCGGGCUGCCGGUCCUCAGGAGAUCCGCGGUGGCCGGCCCCAGUACGAGGCCGAGUUCCCGCACGGCGCUGGUGGACAUCGGCAACCGCGUCACCGAGCCAAAGGCACAGGGGGCCACCAGAAAUGCGGCGAUCGGUGGAGGCGGCGGGGGGGAGCCGGACGGCAGACCCUUGCGCUCCAGUCCCAAGGCGAACCACGUUACCAGGAGGAAGAGGAGAGCCGCUCCCAAGAAGGGGGCGCCGCCAACAGCGCCGGAGCCGAAGCCAGAACCCCAUUCGCAACAGCUGGAGUCUCAUUCCCAAAUCCCCAUGGAAAUACCUGCAUGUGCACCAUCAGAUGAUGUGAUGCGUCAGGCUUGUUCUCAUGACUUGCUUCAUGUGGAAAAUGUAGCUGAUGAAGAUGAUAACGACCCAGAGUACUUCCACGACUAUGCGAAGGACAUCUACCAGUAUCUGAGAGAGCUUGAGGAAAAUCGAACUAUCAGACCCAAAUACUUGACUGGGCAAGAAAUCAAUGGGAAAAUGCGUGCUGUACUAAUAGACUGGCUUGUGCAAGUACAGAUAAGCUUCAAACUCCUUCAGGAUACCUUGUACUUGUCAGUUGCCAUCAUAGAUUGCUUCCUGCAGGACAAUACUGUUUCUAAGAAGAUGCUGCAGCUGGUUGGUGUCACAGCUAUGUUCAUUGCCAGCAAAUAUGAAGAACAGCGUCCCUUGCAUGCUGCAGACCUUGUCUAUGUAACCAGUAACACUUAUACAACCAGACAAAUCAUCCAGAUGGAGCUUCAGAUCCUGCAAGCCCUGAAUUUUCAUCUGAAUUGUCCCCUAGCUUCACAAUUCCUAAAUAUGGCUUUAGAAGUUGCAAAGGUAAACACAAGACAGCGUGUUCUGGCCGAAUACCUGAUGGAGUUGACCAUUCUGGACUAUGAUAUGGUUCACUUCCCUCCAUCCAAGACUGCAGCAGCUGCUUCUUGUUUGUCUCUGAAACUUCUCAAGGGAUGUGAGUGGAGAGAAACUCUACAGUGCUACACAUCUUACACUGAGAGUGACCUCCUCCCAGUUAUGCAGCACAUAGCAAAGAAUGUAGUUCUUGCGAAUAAGGCUACCACCAAGGAGAAAGCAAUCAAGAAAAAAUAUGCUAGCUCUAAAACCAUCAAGAUAAGCACCAUCGAACAGCUGAACUCACCUGUCAUCUGGAAUCUAGCCGAGUCUGUCAAUAACUAA